GAGAGAGAGAGAGAGUGAGAGGUUAUAUCAGGCCACCAUUUUCCGGAUCGAUGAGGUGUGUGGUGUUUGAUAAUAAAACUGCUUCGGAUGAUGAGUCUGUAGUUAUGACGGCUGGGAAUGGUGAUGAGAGUGAAAGUGUUGCGCCGUUUCUUGUGAGGUUUUUGCAGUACUUGGAGACACCACAGUAUCUGCGACGCCGGCUCUUUGCGAUGCACAAUAGCUUGAGAAUUGUGGGUCUGCUUCCCCCACUUGAUGCUCCUCACCAUGUGCGCAAACAUGAAUGGUCCCCAUUCCAUGAAGGGAGAAAGUGUUCAUGAUGUAUUCAGUUCUUACUUGAACACUUGUCCUCUUCAGGGAAGCAGAAUGAUAAGAACCGAGGAGGCUAUUUUCAUAUCCCUGCGGCAUUUCCAAGUGCCAAUUGAACGAGCAGCAUGGUGAGACGCAAGCGAUAGUAGCUGUCUGCUGAAUCUGUAAUAUACUUUCAACAAAAGUUGAGCAAAUCAUUCAGCUUAGAAAAGCUCAAAUGAAAUUGUGACCCUGCCCAUCGGAAUCUUCAAGCAGGGAUGUUUAUGGGAAGUGAUGAAUGGUGGAUGCUUCUGUUUCCAAAACGCAUUCCUAUUGAAGCUUGUGACUUUUUGAAGCCAUAACCAGUGUUCAAAGGAGUAUUUCACGAAACUAGACACAGGAUGGUCAAGUGAUCAGGAUGGAAACAAGCUGAAGUGUAAAAUUUUGCCAAAAAUCAGUACAAGUUAUUGUUUCAAAUUGUUACAAUAUAGAUGUCUAGACAUCCCAAUCACAAAUCCUCUAACUAAUGUGGCCAUCCAAAAAAAAGAUUCAUUACUCUUGCGCAUUGUGUAAG